AUGCUCGAGGUGAAUCUGCUGCUACGUCUUGGCAGCCGAACAACGAGAACGACGGCGCCGGGGAAGGGGGGGCACCCCAGUCGGCGCAUGGCCGGCGGGAUAGACGACCGUCCUCAGAGUGGCCCCGACUCUGCUCCAGCUGCGGGCAGGUGGGUUAGAGGGGCCAAAGGGCCGAGAGAUGCGGACCCCAAGGCAGAUGGUAAGGCGAACUCUGUCCUCCAAAGCGUUCUCGCCCACCGGUCGCACGGCCGCUAA